GGGUCAUCAAGCGUUGAAACACGUCCACCGAGUGCCGGAGAGCAAGCAGUGAAAUCGGAAACAAGUCCAGAUCAAGAAGAGAAUGUUCAGUGCCCUCAGGAAGGUAAUCUUUGCCAAGCAAUUUGGGAUUCACUUUUUGUAGUCCAGUUACACAACCUAAAUACCACACGAGUUGCUAGCAGAUUUGAUGACAGUGAGGACGAGGAGGAUAUUGAUUCGUUGCUCGAAAAGCCAGUGGAGGAAGCGAAUGUUGGUAGCGUGAUUUUGCCGGAAGGUGGCGAGAAACGGCAAAAACGAGUGCUGAAACAUCGCGUAACAACGCCGUUUGAAUGUUUGCCUGAAGGAUGGGUGGAAGUGACGCAUUGCAGUGGUCUUCCCGUCUAUGUGGUUCGAUUUUUCUUUCCAUUUGCUUUAAAAAACCCAUUUGAACUUCGCUUUUGUUAA